AUCACCGCCCACAGGCGGCGAUGGCCAAACGAUCGUUGUCCUGGCCAAGGUUUGAGGUUGUCAACAGUCCUGUGAGUACAGAUCGACACAGCGAGAGCCCGAGCAAUGCUGAAGCCCUUCCAUGUGGGUUGGAGCUUACCGCCAUGGUUCGAGACCAAACGACCCCAAUUGACUCUGGUGAGGGUGGACGCAACAUGGAUUCUAUGGACUUGCAAGGCGAGAGUCUAGAGCCUGCUGAUGAUGCUUAUGAAACUGCGUCAGAAUAUGAUUUCGUGCUGGUGCCUCAGACACCAAUAGUGGAGCCUGAGCCAGCUGGGGCCCAUAUUUCCCAAACCCACGAUGAGGUGCAGCCCGGGCGCAGUCAACCUGCUACGAGCAUCGGCUCGGAGGGACAUCUCCAACCUGCUGAAGCCAGUGAUUUUUCAUUUUUUCCACCUGUGCCAAUGGUGCUAGUCGCGCUACCUCAACCCAGCCCGGCAAUGCCAUGUCAAACGCCCAUGGCACGGCACGGUCCGAAUCAGAUGAUGUACCAGACAGUACCUCAAUAUCCUGCCCCUUGCUUGGGCUCCCCUGCUUCAACACCAGCUGCUCUUCAAUCAUUUCAAUCCACUUGCGGAUUAUCUCAGCCCUUCAGUGUGGGUGCUCUGUUUGCUUCUAACAACGACUACCCGUCCAUGGCCUUUCCAACUGCCACAGAGGGACUCUCAGGUCAGGUGUCCAACUCAACAACAGUGCCAACAAAGAAGGAUGCUUCGAAACCAAAGAUUUGCGGAAGCCAAGGUUCCCAGCCAGCCAGUGGAAGAACCAAUGCUUCCAGCAGCCAGCAGUCAACAACAGAUCCAAAGCGUGCAAAGGAGGGGGCUGGCGCAGACCCAAAGGGAACUGCUUGCAGUGAACGCCAGUCUGGCUCCGUGCCCCAACAGAAGAUGCGGGAAAAGCUCUUGUCCGGAUGUACAGACAACCUCAGCUUCCUGAUAAAGGCACCUGAUAGCCUGGCUGAACUUGAUCUAGUCAAAGGUUCUGGUUUCCGAAAAGAAGUCCAAACAUUCUUAAAUUUUUCAGCUGAUCGAGAGUUUUCGUGGAGUGCCCUCUCAGUGAUCAAGAUGCCUGCGUAUCAAAGCAGUGCCAACUACGGCAUCUCUGGCCACGACUCCAACAUUUUGGGUGUCGUUGCCAUCAAGUCGUCCGAUGGCUCCGGGAUGCCCCUGAGGAUUUCUGUUGGCAUUUGGCUGCACCAAGAGAAUUCGUGCUUGGAUCGACGGAUGAGGAAAGAUCCUCAUAUUCUUCGUCGUGUUAUCUCGCAAGUUGUGUUGCAGGUGUUUGGGGCAGAACCGCUGCACAGAGACCUUGACGUUCGAAGGAAUCGCUUCAAGUUGGAAGGAGUUGACAAGACAACUCCGAUGGAGGUGCAGAUUACAUGCAGCAAGAACGACGAAUCGCAGCCAGAAGCAGAUGUGAUUGAUCUCAAGGCUGCUUUGGACCCAGAUGGCUUUGAAUUGUUGAAGCAAAUCUUUAAGAGCAAAAACCUGAAACUGUCUGGACAAGAAGAAGAUUUUGUCGACUUUGCAAAGCUGGUUUCUAACCGGUUCAAGUCGCGCCCUCCGAUUCCAAAAUGUUUGCAGCCGACAAGGGACUCUACAGAUAGGUGGCUUCCAGGGGAUUUGCUGAAGUGCACCAUCUCUGAGCAGCUAACCGCCUCGCCUGAUCCGGAAUUUCGGAAAGAGUUAGAUGGCCACAUCGUUGUUUUGCUGCCCUCGCGUGACCCCGAAGGUAAAUUGCCAUUGAAGGAGGAUGAGGACGUGUUGGUGGCAGUUGUGGAUAUUCGACAACGCAAAACUUACCUCGUUCCUCGAAUUGCUUUGAAACCCCUUCAUAAGCGCACAGGACUCGAACAGUAUUUAGCGGACAAGUACAAGUUUGAGGUGCUGGUGUCAGGGACGUGGCAAGAGCCAAGGAGAGCCAGAUUGUGCAUGAAGGUGGUGGGGAGUGACACUUGCAUGGUCCAGUUCGAAGAUGGAUGUCAAGCCGAGCCCCAGGCUGUCGACCCAGAUGCUUUGAUGGACCCAAGAGACAAACUGCGAGGCAGACUGAAAGAAGGAGCGAAAGAAGGCAAAUUUGCACUUCAGGAAGUUGCCACUCUAGCGUCUUCUGAACAAAGAGUCAAAGAAUGAGCAAGUUUGCCUUAGCUGAACUUUAGCCUGGGACACUUCUCUGCGGAAACCUUUGUACAGUUCUCUGCGUUGGUCUCCUUGAGGCUCUUGCAGGCGGUUGAGCAUGCUGAACAGUCCGGAUGAUCUGAAAGGUCUGGCGUUGUCCGACAAAGUGUCCCUCAAGUGUGGCGGCUGGAUGAACCUUUCUUCGGUUUGAAGGCUGCUCGAGAUACUGGUGGAUACUGAAAAGAUGAGUCUGCAUUGCUAACC